AUGCUAUCAAGAACCUCCUCACAGCAAUCCGGUGUCACAGAGUUGCCGAUUCCGGAUGAAUGGAAGACGCUUCUCCGAGGUCUCCUAGAGAAGGGCAUUAAAGUUACUGUUCAAGACGUGCAACGUGUCUGGCAGCUUGCGGUCGGCCGUGCCAACCAGAUCGAGGGCCUUACCUCUCGGACCCUUUGGAUUGAGACUGGUAAGGCAGGGCCCGGCGGUUCCGGCAUUCAGCAUAUCCUGGAACAACACAGCAAAGAGUUCUCGAAGUACGAGCCCCAGCGGCUUCUCGAACUCGCCGAGGUGUCUACAUCCGUUGGGCUGCGAGUCGGAAGUGAAGGAAAAGGGACUCGAACACGCCCGGUCUUUGGUCUGUUCUUCUAUGGGGAGCCCGUCGCCAUCGCCGUCCAGGUUGGCAGCAAUGGCUUUAUCGUUUCGAUGAAUCCCGUAACUCUCGCAAAGGUGGUCAAGAAAAACCCACACCAUGGGUCGGUCAAUGAGUUAGUUGCUAUCCUGCAAAGGUCUCACAGUUGGCCUAUUGUAUAG